UGUGCGCAGCUUGUGUGGACAUUACGGCCUUGUGUUAUCAACAGUAAUGCUAACCAGCGCGAAGACAGGGCGAAAUGAUUUCCAACAAGCCCCUGUCAUUUCAGCAAACACUAAUGCGACUUCUUCAGAUUCUUGUGAGAUGCCAUAUAGCUAGCUAGGUGACCAGAUAAGUUUCCGCAUCGUGUCCUGUUACAUCUUGGCCCGGCCUUCUGAUUGUGGAGGAAAUGACCCAACUGAGUGUCCGUCGCUGGACGCCCAAACAUGUGGCCAAGUGGCUAAAGGAAGAGGGCUUCUGUGACUAUGUGGACCUUCUGUGCUACAAGCAUCGACUGGACGGCACCAGUCUGCUCGCCCUCAGCGAGUAUGACCUCCGUUCACCACCUCUGGAGCUUAAGGUGCUGGGGGACAUCAAGCGGCUGAUGGUGUCGAUCCGCAAACUCCAGAAACAGAACAUGGAUGUGUUGGAGGAGCUGGGUCUCCCGUUUGACGGCCACUCUCCUACAGGCUCCGGAGGCACUUUGGACUGGCUGUGUAACGGAGACCCAGGGAGAGACUGUGACAGCACUGACACAGCACCGGUGGGAGAGGAGUAUCACCAGUACACUAAUGGGAAAUACAAGCAGCAGACUAGGCGCCUCGAUCCAGAGUACUGGAAGACAGUGCUGAGCUCCAUCUAUGUGGUGUUUGUGUUUGGGUUCACGUCCUUCGUCAUGGUCAUAGUGCAUGAGAGGGUGCCUGACAUGCGCACAUACCCUCCACUGCCAGAUAUCUUCCUUGACAGUGUGCCUAGAAUACCGUGGGCCUUUGCCAUGGCGGAGGCAUGUGGAGUGAUCCUCUGUAACAUCUGGCUGCUGGUUCUACUGCUGCAUAAACACAGGUCCAUCCUUCUUCGGCGCAUGUGCAGCCUCAUGGGGACGGUGUUUAUGCUGCGCUGCAUCACCAUGUUUGUCACCUCCUUGUCUGUGCCAGGACAGCACCUGCAGUGCUCGGGAAAGAUGUACGGUGACAUGUGGGCCAAACUGCAACGGGCCGUGGCCAUCUGGAGUGGUUUUGGGAUGACACUGACAGGAGUGCAUACCUGUGGGGACUACAUGUUCAGCGGUCACACUGUGGUCCUUACCUUACUCAACUUCUUUGUCACAGAGUACACUCCAAGAAGCUGGCACUUCAUUCACACAUUGUCCUGGGUCCUCAAUCUCUUUGGCAUCUUCUUCAUCCUGGCUGCACAUGAACACUACUCCAUUGACGUGUUCAUAGCGUUCUACAUCACUACCAGACUCUUCCUGUACUACCACACUCUAGCCAACACUCGAGCCUACCAGCAGAGUCGGCGAGCUCGCAUCUGGUUCCCCAUGUUCUCUUUCUUCGAGUGCAACGUCAAUGGGCCCGUCCCCAACGAGUACUGCUGGCCCUUCUCUAGACCCACUGUGAUGAGGAGACUGAUCGGAUAAUGAACGGCGGCGGUACUGUCAGACAAUUUUUAGCCUGUGCUGUUUUUUUUUGUCUGCUUUUGUCAAGUUGCCAACUGAGGCGGUGUGUGUGAUACUCUCAUCAACAAAGACGACUGAUGCGAUCCUGUCAGCGCUGAGGCCUGAUGCAAUACGCAGAGCCAUACCUUCUCAUAUUUUGGGACUUGGCUCCUUGCCCGCUUCCCCUGACAGCAUUUUUAGUUGGAUUACAUAAAAUCCACAAAACCCUGUGGAGUUUCUUAAAAGACCCCAUCAACACCCUUUGCUCAAUUUGAAAAGUGAGCACGGUGGUAAUACAUCACGUUGAUUGGUUGCUUAUAUUAAAUCUGAGGGGUUUUAUGUAGCAUUAACUGCAUUUUUUUUAGUACUUCCCAACUUAAAAUUGCAACAUAAGAGUAUUUGGGUAGUACAUGAUAAAAUUAAGCCACAUCAACACUAUUCUCAGGCACCAGUGCACAUAAUCCUUUACAUUUUUCAUUUCCUGUGCAAUUAAAACACCUGAUCAUUUCAAGGUUCGGACUGAAAGUUUUGUCUCACCUUCCACAACUAAAUGCAACUCUCAUGGACCACUGUUAAAGCAAUAUGUAAAGGAUCUACAUGACACCGUUGCUCUAGUCUGUAUGGCAAAAUAUUGUUCAUCAUGUUGAGAAGCAGAUCUUACUUGUUUGCAUUCCUUGAGAUUUUAUGCUUGACAAUGCGAUUAAACGCUGACAGAGAAAAUCAUCAUGUGAUAAAUUACAGUAUAUGACUCAGUUAUUUAUGUAGUUCACACAACCUGCCUUUUCUAAACCAGACCCAUUCGAGAAAAUUAAGAAAUAUGGAAAGAAAAUUCUUCAUCUGCCAAAAACGUGGAAUGAUUUUUUUCCAGUUGUCUUAAAUAUAAUUCCAUUUGCCAAUUAUGUUCAGUGUUACAGUAGUUUUCUCUGUGUAGAAAUGUUCAAGAUUUUCCAUGUUUACUGUUGGAUAGUUGUAUAGUGCUUUUUUAAUCAUUAUACAUUGUAAAUGACCAGACUUAAAUGCAAUUUGAGCUCUCCCUGAUAUUAAUCCUGUAACAUUCAUCUGUAGUAAUAGUUCUUAUAAGGAUCCUUAAAUUUGUAUGUAUUUGUUUAUAUUAAUUUAUUUCAUUUUGUAAAUGUCAAUAGGUAUUUUUAUAUGCUAUAUACAAAGUUACAGCAACAUGCACAUGAAGAAAUAUGUUUACAGUUGCUCAUAACUAUUUGUUUGAAACACAAUGUGCUUUUUAAGUGUAAUGUUGAUUUCAGAUUGGCCUCUACAUUUCAUCGAGUGAAACCUGCCACUGUAGUAGAGACGACGUUAUUGAUUUGGUCAUUACAGCAUGUUAGAAAUACCAGUAUUCAGAAUGGAGUUUACAGGUUACGACACAUCUUUUCUCCUAGUAAACGAUGCUGUUGUGUUGAUCUGCUCCUUCAAAGCCACAUUAUACUUGUUUCAUGUCUCAUUCAGUCAUUUCCAUAAUUAAAGAGCUGAAAUCAAA